UGAACACAUCCCAUUCUUCUUGUUUCCUAUUGGUACGAACAUUUGGUGAGGGGGAACGGCAUAUAGAAGGCUGUGGUAACAAACUGAACGAACAAAGCGUGGCGCCAUAUUGAGCUUCUUGGCGCGUGUGAGAUAUUUGCAGAGUAGUGUUGUUUCACGAUGUCAGAUAAUCAGGAACAGAAGACCGAAGCCGGGACGGGGGAUGCUAAUUCCGAGUACAUUAAGCUGAAAGUUGUUGGAAAUGAUUCAAAUGAAAUUCAUUUUCGUGUGAAGAUGACAACCCAGAUGGGAAAACUAAAGAAGUCCUACAGUGAAAGAGUUGGUGUACCAGUUACAUCACUGAGGUUUCUCUUCGAUGGGCGGCGAAUUAAUGAUGAUGAAACUCCAAAACAACUUGAUAUGGAGAAUGAUGAUGUCAUUGAAGUCUAUCAAGAGCAGACAGGAGGGAAUUUUUGAACUCUAAUACUCCAUUCUGUGAAGAGUGUGUGAUGAAAAUUUUAUAUUCUACCUGUUUGUCAAUUGAACAAUUAAUGGACACAAAAUGGUGCAUCUCCCUAACUCGUUAAUGUACUCUCGUGACAUUCCUUUGUAGUUCGGUUCAUUAAUAUUUUUUUUACUUUUUUUAUUCAGGUUCUCUUUCUUCAGUUUAAAAUUAAGAAUUUACUUUCUAUGUGAUUGUACUAGUUUUUAAUUUUUUGAGAUGAAUAUUAAAGAGUUGGGGGCUGUGCAAGGAUCUCUUUCAGAGGCAUAUGCGCCAUGUGUAAUGUAGAAUAAAGUGUUUCAUUUCUUCAUAAUAGUCGGAGGACGUGCCUCCCAUUCAUUACCUAGCUGUCAAAAAUUUAUUAGAAAAUUGAUCAGGAAAAUCGUACAGAAACAUCAGUUAUAUGUUGAAACUUGUCACAUCUUAAGUGUUUUUUGAUUUAAACUAAUGUUCAUGUCCUAAUAAAAUGUUUAAAUUCAGUGGUUUAAUUUUUCUAUUAAAACACUAGCAGAACCUGUUAGUUACAUGUAUAAAUUUUGAUUUGAAUUUCGUAGACAAGGUCUGUCCUGACAGUAGUUGAACUAAUUCAGUUACAAACAAAUUAUUGCAAAUACAUAAUGACUUGCUCUUCGAAGUGGGAUCCUUGUGCAUCAACACACAUAUAAUGGUUCUGCCCCUCUUGGGGUGGCCUUCUGGCACACAACCCCUGGAAUUGUUCUUGUCAUGGCCUGUUGUAUUGUCUGGAUAAUGCUGUGGUAAUUUCAUUUCAUUGAGGUUGGACAGGGAGAGCAAUGUGGGCUGUAGGGUGGCUGGGGUUGUCAGCUUGUUUUGAGCCAUGAACUUCUUCACAAGUGCAGUGUAGCAUGGCACAUUGUGAUGGAGCUUUUAGGAAUUUAUUGCUGGGGAGAUGGGGAUGAUUAUUUUUAACAGAUGCUUAGACUCCUGAGUAGAAAAAGAAUUCAUGAUCUGUCCCACUGGCAUAAGCACUGUGUGAAACACCUUUCCAAGAACCUACAAACUUUGUGCUGAAACAACUUGUGGCACUUGAAAAUAGUGGAUCUUCCAAAGGCAUUGUCCACCCAAGCUGUCCGGAUCAUGGCAAGUGUUUAGAGUUUUAUGUGAAAUUAAGUUGCAUAGUACUGUGAGAAAACAUGUUUUAGAGCAUGGCAAAACUACUUUAAGGCGGGAUCUUGUGGCAUGCAUUGUUCACUGCAAUGGGUUGGCGCUGGUUGCCAGACUUUCCUAACAGUGCUCAUGACCUCGCAUGUGUGGAGACUCUCCCUUUAAUCCUCUCGUCAUGAAUUAUAGUCAGACUAAUUUUGGGACAAGCCUUGAUUUAGUAUUCUUUUAUAUGCUGGUGUAGCGAAUAUGUGUUAUCUUAAUUACUUCCUAUGGUCAUACAUUUGUUAAUUUCACUUAAAUAUUUGUGUAGUUUUUAUGAAAUAAGCAACAAUUUUUGUGCAAAUUGUAUUUAAGGUUCUUGAAAAUACUUGAAUUUUCAAAAUUACUGUGAACCUUAUUAGAAUACUGUAAAGGGGUUGUAGUAAAUCGGUUAAUCUAGUUAUUGCAUUGUUGGACUGGUAAGAAACACGUGAAUUUGAUGUGAGAUUAAGACCUUUUUUCUUCAGUUUUGUCCUAAAUGUGGGGUUGUAUAAACUGAUUGUUUUUUUGUGCUGAAUGAAUUUUAACUGCAAAGCAUUUGUUAAGAAAGUGAAAACUGAUGGGCAAAUCAAAAUUAUAUGGUUUAUUUAUUACAGGAAGAUAGGAAAACGUUUUCAAGAUAUGGAUUGAAAAAUAUAGAUUGCAGACUCAAUUUUAUGUAGUUAAAUAUUUUAAAUUAACUAAUGUUUUAAGGAGUAGAAACUUUCCCCAUUAAAUUUGUAGGGUUGUAAAUAUUUUUAGCUUGUGUAUAAUAUUUUUAAUAUGAUUCGUGACACAAGACUGAGUGGCACAAUCAUAUUAGUGAAAUAAAUUCGUUUACUACUUGUCAUACUCUGCUUUAGACAGACUUACUUUAAUUUUUUGUAAUUUAGAUACAUAAAUCACUAAUGCCUUAAGGUUAGUAGUAGCUAACCAGGUGAAAGUAUUUGGUUUUUGUUGCGUUCAGAUUUAUCAGGACAGAACUAGUUUUGAAAAUUGAACUUUAGCAUGCUAGGCAAUCUCUGAAACAACUUUUAUACCAGUGGUUGUCUAAGAAAGGUUUAUUUGCAUUUACCCAGUGCGAAAUAUGAAGAUGGGAAGUAAAUCUGAAGGUAGGGUUGUCUGUACCGGAGAAUUAUUUAUAGAAAAAAUUACUGGAUUGGUAUUGGUAAUUAGUAUCAGCUUGGUACUCAUUCUGCAGGUGAUUGUGAAUUGGUGACACAUGAUAAAUUAUAUAAACUAAUGAUCUACAGAAUACUUUUACUGAGAAGUCUCAUGGCUUAUUCUUCUUCAGGGGUAAUGUUUUUUGAUGCUUGAGAGGACAGGUAUUUGUUGCAUUGUAAUAUUGACACUGCCUUUGGAAAUGGUUUUCUUCCUUGAUGUACUGAGUUAAAUAUGUUUUGAGGUAAACCAAGUUGGACUUUAAUGUGUGUUCCAGGAACAAGAACAAAAAAAAGUGAUUUGUUUUGAAAUGUUUGAUUUGUUCUGCCAAUCUUCACUAUUCUUGACAAAAACUUGCCUAUAAUUUAGCCUAGCCAUGCUCAAGGACACCAAUUAAGCGAAUAGAAUAAAAUUUAACAGAAGAAAUAAUUUGAAUAUGGCAAUUAUUUAAAUGGAGUGAGUGAAAUGUUUUUAAAUAAAUAAGCAAUUGUGGUUAUGUCCGCCGAUAGUAAGUGGGCAAAACGUUCUUUCGUCGAAUGGUGGAGGUAUUGUGCUGUUGCACAAAGCAUCCGAUUUAUCCAGAGACAGCAAUAAUAUAGCCUAACUGUUCAGUGAAAUCUCAUGACACCAAAUUUUUAGUUCAAUUUGCGUGAAAAUAAUUUUUUUUUUUUUUCGUGCGAGUUUCCUUGUGAUUAUUAAUGAUAGCCAAAUACAGCGACGGAAAGAAUUUUAUUUCCUUGAGAAAUACGGGUCACGUCCCAUAUCGAGACCUUAUUCUUCUGAGAUUCAGCCGCGGUCGAAGUAAAGAAAUUAAUUUCAAUAAAUUGAUUAUGGGCGGAACGAACUUUGAUGCAGAUUUUAAUCAAAAUUUGCAGUGUGUUGCAGAUAAGCCUGGUUAUUAAGUUCCCCUCAGCCGAAAGGAUAGUACAGUGAUCGUAAUUAAGAAUUGGAUAACCUGAACAUAGAGUAACAAUAUUCAACCAUAGUAGGAUUUCGAACUCUGUAUUUGAUAGAAGAGCAAUAAAUUCCCGUGCUGAAACCAAUGCUGUA